AUGGGUGAUCUUGAACCCGAGUCAGGCUACAAGGUGCCUGUUUCCGGCGGCAAGCCUGUUGAGGAUGGUCUUCGGAGGACUGAUGGUGUCUCUGGAUUGUACGAAGGAAAUGUCUUUGAGGCUACUCCUGACGACCGCCGCCAGAUCGGUGUGAUCAGUGCCUCCUUUUUGAUCUUCAACCGCGUCAUCGGUACGGGUAUCUUCGCCACCCCCAGCACCAUUCUUUCUCUGGCCGGUAGUGUCGGCCUGUCACUGAUUAUGUGGGUCAUCGGUACUUUGAUUGCCAUGGCCGGUACUGCCGUCUACCUCGAAUGGGGUACGGCGAUUCCCAAGAACGGUGGUGAAAAGAACUACCUCGAAUAUGUCUUUACCAAGCCCAAGUUCCUGGUAACCGCCAUGUAUGCUUCGUAUGCUGUUCUGCUGGGUUGGGCUGCAAGUAACAGCGUCGUCUUUGGCGAGUACAUCCUCAAUGCCGCCGACGUCGAGGUGGGACGCUGGAAUCAACGCGGCAUCGGAUUAGCCUGUAUCACGGUAGCUUUCUUGAUACAUUCCUUUGCAGUCAAAUGGGGUCUCAUGCUUCAAAAUGCCCUGGGAGUUGUCAAGCUUGUCAUCAUCGUCUUCGUCGUCGUGACCGGUUGGGUGGCUCUUGCUGGCCACAUGAAGAUCGACAACCCUCCCCACAACUUCACAAAUGCCUUCGAGGGCACCACUGACACCGGAUACGGUAUCGUCAUGGCUCUCUAUAAUGUUAUCUGGUCCUUCAUCGGUUAUUCCAAUGCCAACUAUGCCCUGAGCGAGACCAAGAACCCUACCCGCACCCUGAAGAUCGCAGCCCCAAUCGCUAUUUGUUCCGUGGGCAUUCUUUACAUGCUAUGCAACAUCGCAUACUUUGCUGCAGUGCCCAGAGAGCAAUUCUUGUCGUCUGGUCAGACAGUUGCUGCCGCUUUCUUCGGCAACAUGUUUGGUGCGCGGGCAGAGAAGGUUAUGUCCGUCUUUGUCGCUUUGUCGGCGUUCGGUAAUGUCUUAUCUGUGAUCUUCUCGCAAGGACGAAUUGUUCAGGCUCUGGGUCGUGAGGGAGUUCUGCCCUUGUCGAAGUUUUGGGCCAGUAACCGGCCGUUCAACUCGCCAGCCACUGGUCUUUUCGAGCAUUGGGUGGUGUCUGUCAUCAUUCUUCUGGCGCCCCCUCCCGGCGACGCUUAUAACUUUUUGGUCAACCUUAUCACGUAUCCCUUGUCUAUUGUCAACGUGUUUGUGUCUGCUGGCUUGAUCUACAUUUAUCUGACCAAGGCGAAGAAGUUCCCGGAUUGGGCCCCAGGCAUCCGCGCCACCCUACCGGUCACCAUCUUCUUCUUCCUGUCGAAUGUGUUCUUGGUGGUCGCCCCCUACAUCCCGCCCAGCGCGGGUCAAAGUGUGUAUCAGAGCCUUCCGUAUUACCUGCAUUGCGUGGUGGCAUUGGGUAUCUUCGCGCUUGGUGCCAUCUACUAUGUGGUGUGGGCGGUUCUGAUGCCCCGUUUCGGAGGAUACAUACUGGUCAAGGAAUCUGUGAUUGACGCCGACGGCUGGUCCAGAAGCGUGUUCACUAAGAUGCCUAUAAACCAGGCUGCGCAGCUCUCUGAACCGCAGCACUAG